UAAUUUCAAAUUUUAUUUCAAUUUCUUCGUCCGGAUUAUUGAUUUAGAGUUUUUGGAUUGAUUGCAAAUAAUGAUUUAUAAUGGAAUGUGAUCGGAUGACACGCUGAGAGUUGAGCUUACGAGCAGUAAUAGAUUCCAGUUCGUGAAUAUGUACGCUUAGCAGCAAGUACUGUGAAACCGUUUUCAUGAGGCUUGUAUUUAAAAUUGUGGAUAUAUUUGGUAGUGAACAUCAAAAUAAAGGAACUGCAUCGUUUGAUCACCCCAAGCCCUAAAAAUUAGGACAAGAAAUUCUGAAGUGGGUAUGUGAUGUACGUUAAUUCGAGCGGAUCUGACAAAGAAGAGGGACAGCAUGUUAAAUCUGUAAAUAUACAUUUGGGAAGGGAGCACUUUACCUUUGGAUCCUUGGUACAUCUACUGAAGAGUUACAGCAUAAUUUUGAUGUGGAGCUUCCUGAUCAUCUCAAAAAACCUCCAACCUAUGCACGGAACUUUCUGGAAUUCUGCUCAUACAAAGCUCUGCAUCUAGCAAUUACACGUCCUAAUUAUUUGGGCAACAAGGGGUUUCACCGCUUGACGUUUGACAUGAUGCUUGCAUGGGAUGCCCCUGGUGCUGAUAGUGACCUCAUAGUUAACUUGCAGGACACUGCUUCUUGCAGUAAACAGGAUGUGGAGGAUGAGGACGGUUGGUCACUAUUUUAUUCUAAUUCCACCAAUAUGGCUGUUCAGGUUGAUGACAAGAAAACUGUUGGUCCAGAGGGUUUUGCACGGAUAGCUCCAGCAUGUCCUAUUAUUGCAGAUAUAAUAACAGUUCACAAUCUCUUUGAUGUUCUGACAAGUUCAUCAGGUCAUCGACUUCAUUUUCUAAUAUAUGACAAGUACCUUCGGAGUCUUGAAAAGGUUGUGAAAUCUGUGCAAAAUGUGGGACCUCAAAUCAUGUCUAACUGUUCACUUGCUGAGGAUGAGAUCAUCGUUGAUAUAGAUGGUACAGUCCCCACCCAACCAGUUUUGCAACAUGUUGGGAUGUCUGCAUGGCCUGGAAGAUUGACGUUGACCAACUAUGCUCUGUACUUUGAGUCUGGUGUUGGUUUAUAUGACAAUGCUGUGCGAUAUGAUUUGUCAACAGACAUGAAACAAGUUUUAAAGCCUGAACUAACUGGUCCUUUGGGUGCACGUCUCUUUGAUAAAGCUGUCAUGUACAAGUCAAUAUCAAUAGCAGAGCCUGUUUAUUUGGAAUUUCCUGAAUUCAAAGGUUCUUCACGGAGGGACUAUUGGUUGGAUAUCAGCCUUGAGAUUCUGCGGGCUCACAAGUUCAAUAGGAAGUAUAAUUUGAAAGAAAGUCAGCAGUCUGAAGCACUUGCUCGGGCAAUUCUUGGAAUUUUCCGGUACCGUGCACUUAGAGAAGCUCUUCACGUCUCCUCGUCCAAUUUCAAAACCCUGUUGUGUUUUAACUUGGCUGAAAGUAUUCCUGGGGGAUAUAUGAUAAUGGAAACUCUAUCAAGUUGCCUGAAACAGGGUUCCAGCUCCAUGCAACAGGAUAUAUUAAGUUCUCCAAGCAGAAAGAGACAGCCGUUAUUUCCAGUUGCACUUUUGACUCUUCGUAUACUAAGAAUUAUUUCAUCCAGGGAGACAGAUAUGAAUGAAGAAGCAACAUUUCAGGUUGGAGAUGUUUGUGUUGGCAAAGAAAAUCCAUUAGAAACUAUAGUGAAGCAGUUGAAACGGGAUACAGGAAGAGCUGAAGCUGCUCAAGCAACUGUUGCUCAGGUGAAAGUAGAAGGUGUUGAUACCAAUGUAGCUGUCAUGAAGGAAUUGCUUUUCCCUCUCAUAGAAUUAUUUAAUCGGCUGCAACUUUUGGUGUCAUGGGAAGAUCCCUACAAAUCAUUGAUGUUCGUGUUACUCAUAAGCUAUUUGAUAAUUAGGGAUUGGAUCAGGUACAUGCUUCCACUCAUCUUUAUGUUUCUGGCACUCAUCAUGCUAUGGAAUAGGCAUGUCAACAGAAGGAAGCAUUUGGAAGCAUUCAAAAUCGUUGCUCCCCCGAGUAAAAAUCCAUUGGAACAACUGAUAACAUUACAAGAUGCUAUAGCUCAAGUCGAGAUACUGAUUCAAAGUGGCAACAUUAUUCUUCUGAAGCUACGAGCUCUUCUAUUAGCUGCUGCUCCGCAGGCAACAGACCAUGUGACUCUGUUGUUGGUUUUCAUGGCAGUGGCAUUUGCAGUAGUACCACUGAAAUUCAUAAUGCUCUUAGCUUUUUGGGAAUUUUUUACCAGGAACACGAGCCUAAGGAAGGAUAUAAGUGAAAGAUGGCUGAGACGGACGAAGGAGUGGUGGAUCAGAAUCCCAGCAGCUCCUCUUCAGCUUAUCAAGCCGGAUGACAAAAAGAGGAAGUAAGUUGAUCUAAAUACGACUACCAUAUGAAACCAUAUAUUCAGCUAACCUUCUGUAAUUGAAUCUCAUCUAUAUACUACAAUCAUAAUUCUUUGGGGAUUUUUAAAAAUUUCCUAUUUCGAUGGUCAAAGUGAAAAAAUAGUCCACUUGUAAUCCUUUAUUUAUCAAAUGUCUAACCCACUGCAUUGAAU